AUGAGAACCAUCGAAAGUGCCCCCUCCCCGGACAUGGAACAUACAUCUCAUAUAAGCGGUGGUGCAUCAGGUAUCUGCACAUUACACCUUCUCAGACUCUGUGACAGGAUGUGUGACAAGAUGGUAUUGAGGUCAUUAAUUUUCGCUGCGGUGACGGCCUGCGUGCUUGCACGGCCGGAACCACCGUCAUCGUACGGGCCACCUUCAACUUCCUACGGAGUCCCGGCCCCUCAGUAUGGGCCACCUCAGCAGCCGAUUGUUCACAAGCAUGUGUACGUGCACGUACCUCCCCCUGACAACGAACACCCAAAGCCACCGAAACAAAUAUACGUGCCACCACCGCAGAAGCAUUAUAAGAUAGUGUUCAUCAAGGCACCAGCACCCCCGGCACCAACUGCGCCAGUCAUCCCGGUGCAACCCCAGAACGAGGAAAAGACCCUCGUAUACGUGCUGGUUAAGAAACCAGAAGAACAACCUGACAUUGUCAUUCCUACUCCAGCACCCACUCAACCAUCCAAACCGGAGGUCUACUUCAUCAGAUACAAGACACAGAAACAAGAAGGAUACCCUGAUGCUUCACCACCAGCACCUUCAUACGGUCCACCAGCAUCUGAACCGUCAUCCGAAUACGGCGCCCCUUAA